CUUAGUGUUUUUUUUUAGUUUCUUUGGUUUCUUAAGGUUUUCCCAUGUUUUUAGAAUUCUCGGGUUCAUUUGUGUUUCUAUGGUCUGUUUACGGUAUUAAGUUUGGUCUAUUUCGGGUAAUAUUCCUAAGAUUUCUUGUUCGGUUUCUUAGAAUUUUGUAAGCUGUGGACUUCGGGAAGCUCGUAUGUACAGAUAGGUCAUCAAAAUGUAAGUGUUCAGCAAACCGUCGCUCAACAACCUGCCGAUCACCGAGUUAUCGUUUCAGCAACUUGUCGGGUAAACAUUUUGUCGGCCGGCAAAUCGCCGGAGUGCCGACAACCGGACUGGGGACCUCACUGACUAUCACUACAAUGCAGCAAUCGAGACCUGUCACGUGACUACCAUAUUCAGCGCCUGAUCUGGACGAAGGAACGUAUGGAACUGCACAUGGACGGCAUCCACAUCCUCAACCUCACCGUUCCGGGUCUGGACAGCUGGCCCGCACUGGGCAUAAUGCUGGAUACAUCCAUAGACCCAGGGACUCUUGUCGCACCGGUCGCCGACGCUGACGCGUGCGUAAGUCCGGCGUUGGAAUGGUCGCACGAAUGGCUGAUAGAUUACAUCAUUGUGCGGCAGUACAGGAGCAACGUGCACCAAGAGGGUGGCGUUCAGAUCACGUUGGGCGUGGCAAUUCCGUUAGCAGCCGCAGCGUUGGGAAUUAUUCUGUGUCUCAUCCUGCUGCGCCGCGCCCGACGUCGCCGUAUCGAGCGAACCAUGUCCAAACUGACGAUCGUCGCUUCCAGGGCAAGCAACCCGUACCUGACAGCAUUCGAGUUCACGGCCGAAGCUGCGGAUUUGCUCACCAAUGAAUGGGUGCGAGCCAUGGAAAUCCCUCUGGCAAAUGUGCAAACGGCCGAAAUAGUUUUGGGGCGAGGCGCGACGAGCGUUGUAAGUAAAGGCGUGGUCGAUGGGCUUGCCGGUCAGCCACGCCUACUCGACGUCGCAGUGAAAAGUGUUCGAGACCACAGCGAAACGGUGGAAAGACGACAAUUGGUUCAAGAAUUGAAAGUUAUGGCAAAGCUCAACUGUCAUCCGAACAUUGUCCGCCUCAUCGGCGUCGCAUUGAGAGGCGAACUUCUCUUGGUUGUCGAGUAGACAAAAUUUGGUUGUCACCGGUAUUUGUUCAAAUCACUCAGCGUGAAACGCUUUUACAGCCAUGUCAGUCCCGAUGGAACCAUCCUGCCGUACGACGAAGACGAAGCGGAAAAAUCAGACUCUUAAGCAAACAGACGGCAGCACCACUGAAGUUAGAUCGCUAACAGUGUGUCAGUCGUCGUACUUCACUAAAGUAUUAAAAAUAGUAGUAGAAUACACGAAAAAAAUAUACUCGUAUACAGUAAAAUUAACAGAUUGUUGAGAAACAUUGGAGCAUGGACGUAGAUCGAACAUGCCGAAAGCGGUAUCAACUCCGUUUGGUCGCACAGGGACCUGGUCAUGCGGCGCAGUGAACCCGGGUGUGUGUGUCUGGAUGGGAAGCUGUACGUUCUCGGGGGGUACGCCGACGAGGACGGAGACGACUGUCUGGACAGCAUCGAGGUGUACGAUGAAGCGGCAGACAGCUGGGCGCUGCAUGCAUGCCGGUUGCCGCGGGCCCGGUCUGGAUGCGGCUGUGCAGUGAUGAAACUGAGAACACCACUCGCCACUUUAAUGCCGACCGCGGUGGAUUUAGGAUGAAUGUGUCCGCCGUCCGUUUGAGACGGUGCACUGCGCCAUUAUGCCGACGUUUCAUUUAGUUCUUAUGCCAGAUUUGCUCUCUUUUUAUCGGAUUCAUUUCAGUACGGAAUUCCCACAGCCUCUUGAAUUCGCCGUUUCCCAGUUUGUGUUCAUAGUAAGAUAGUGAUUUGUGUUAACAGUAAAAAAAAGAUAAGAUGAAUGUUCGUGCUUUUCUUGUUUGUUUUAUAAAAACGACACAAGAAAUGGUACUUAAUUUCUGAAACAGCGGAUAAGUAUUGCUGCUUUUG